UCCUUUCUACCUGUGUCUCUCUCGCGUCCGUGUUCCGAUUACGGUGUGAUGUAACGCGUUCGUGCUGCAAUUAUGAUAAGAUUGUUCAAAAGUGCGCAAAUCCUAGUUCGUUGAUUAUUUCGUUGUGCAAUUUUAUGUGAUGACCCAGCGAUAUGAGUGGUACUUGUUAUUCGGAGCAGCGGAAACUUCGCUUUUCAGCAUUUUCACGAUGAGGAUUACGUGCUUGCGAACUUUGUUGUUACUCGUCGAUCGAUCGAUGAUCGCAUUGCCCAAAUAAAAACAUUUGACUGCUCGAGUGAUCGAUGGUUAAAAAAGGCCAAUAAAUAAAUAACGAAACGUGCUACUGAUACUGUUGUUUUCCAAAAGCAAUUGCGCGAAAAAUAAGCGGAAAAUCGAGGAAAAAAAGUGGAGCUGUCGCUCGCCGGAUGAUGUUGCUAGAGUCGCGCGCCCUCGCCGGUAGGAAGCAGCAGCUGCUCGUCGGUACUACCACCGCCACCACUGCCAGCAACGCCAGCAAUCAUCAUCAUCAUCAUCAUCAUCGCUUGCAUUCACUGGGUCUGUCAGCCUUUGGCAGGCCGGAUCGUCCAAGGUCUCGAUCGUUGAUUGUCAAUAAUAACAAUAACAAUAAUAACGAUCACGAAAGCAGCGGCCUGCACGUCGACGACGAGGACGACGUGUUCGCCGACAAUAACUGCGGCGACGACUAUUCACUGCAGCAGCGGCAAAAUCGUCGUCUCAUGCUGAAGAUGCAGUCGUCGACUUCGGAAGCGGCUGCUGCCGCCGUCGCCGCCGCGAGUCAGCAGAACAAUAAUCUGGACGUCGAGCAUCACACCGACAGCUCGAGCGCGAGUCCGUCGCCCAACUCGAGCUUGUUGAACAAUUUGAACAACAACUGCUCCAACAGACAGUGCGCGACGGACUUUAGCAUAGCUGCCAUUAUGGCUAGAGACACUAGACAACAACAGCAGCAGCAGCAACAAUUACAGUCCAGUGCGACAGCACCCCCGAUUCACAAUAGCAGCAGAGAGUCGAGAAGUAGCAGGCAUCAUUCCGUCGGUGGAGGAAAAUUACAUCAACAUGAGAGAGAAGCCAGCACGUCGUCGAGUCGACCCUCGUCCCAGCCCCAGUCGCAGUCGCAGCAGCAGCAACAGUCGUCCCAGGACUCGGAGGACGAGCAGGAGACCGACGAAACGGGCAGCACGUCGGGAAAAGCGCCGUCGCCCCUGAACCCGCUGCUUCAGGAGCGCUCCAACUGCGAAGAGUUGCGGCACGUCAUCUGUCAUCUGGAAACCAAGGAUCUCUGGGACAAGUUCAACGAGCUCGGUACCGAGAUGAUCAUCACGAAAACGGGAAGGCGCAUGUUCCCGACUUGCAGAGUCUCGUUCAGUGGCCUGAGGCCCGACGGACGCUACGCCGUGCUCAUGGACAUUGUUCCGGUAGACGAGAAGCGAUACCGAUACGCCUACCACCGGAGCUGCUGGCUCGUGGCCGGCAAGGCCGAUCCACCCGCACCGGCGCGGCUCUACGUUCAUCCGGACUCGCCGUUCACGGGCGAGCAGCUGAGGAAGCAGGUCGUGUCCUUCGAGAAGGUCAAGCUCACCAACAACGACAUGGACAAACAUGGACACCUCGUUCUGAACUCGAUGCACAAGUAUCAGCCGCGCAUUCACUUGGUGAAGCGCUCGGACAGCGGCGGCAACUCGGAUCCGAUCGAGGACCUGGAGCGUGAGCUGCACAAGACCUUCGUAUUCCCCGAGGCCAUAUUCACUGCUGUCACCGCCUAUCAGAACCAGCUCAUUACGAAGCUAAAAAUCGACAGCAAUCCCUUUGCCAAAGGCUUUCGUGACUCCUCGAGGCUCACGGAUUUCGAGAGCAGUUUUCCUUACAGAGAAAGCAUGGAGUCUAUGCUGGCGGAGCAGCAGAGCCUGAGGUUUCCCCAUCGGUUUCCCUUCGAGGUGGACCAUCAUCAGAUGCAGUCGGCAGCGGCUGCGGCCGUCGCCGCCGGCAGCAAUCUCAGUCUCGAGGAGAAGGCCAUCUGGGCGGCUCGCUCACAGAUAAUCCUACGCGCCGCGGCCGCCGCCGCUGCAGUCGGGCCCUACGCGGGUCUGGUCAAUCCGGGCCUGGUGUACAGUCCGGGUGGUCCUGGUGGCGGUGGACCGGGCUCGAGUCAUCAGGCACCGAGUCCGGCGGUCAUGGCCGCGGCAGCGGCGGCGCAGCAGCAGCAACAGAUCUGGUGGGCCAACUCCCUGGGUCCGACGUUGUUCGCCGCGCAACAGCAACUGGCCCAGUCGGGAUCCGGUCCAACGGGCGGAGGUGGAGGAGGUGGAAAUGGAGGACCCGCGGCUCCGAGGCCGAUCUAUCCGACGGCCGCGAUUUCUCUGUCGCAGCACAGGUACGCACCGUACGCGAGUCCUCGAAGUCAGCUGCAGACCAAGUCACUGCCCAGCGGCAGCAGUACCGUGACGACGAUGACGACGACGGCAGCGGCGACGCCGUCGCCUUCGAGAAGGACGUGUACGCCGCCAUCCCCGACCGACAGUCUGAGCCGGGAGGGCCGCGAUAUUUCACCCUCGUAGUAGCCCGCAUAAAUUAUUAUCCAUCUGGUCGAUGAAGCAGUUGUCGAGGUUUUCAAAGACAGUCUCCGAGUUUUGCUGUGUUGUGCUAUUUUAAAACGUGAGUGCUACGGAAUAUUCAAUUUUAAUCAAUCGUUUCAGCUUGACGUUUCGUUUUACAUUGAUAUUAUUUUGAAACUUUAGCCGAUAAAAAUUAUAUAACAAUUUAUAAAAUAAUAUAAUGUAAGUAAUUAAUGAAUAACUGAACGUACUAAAAAAAUUGAAUAUAAAAUAACCUUUAGGUGCAGUGAAUGAGCCAAAAAUUUUAAUACGUGUAUUUAAGAAUGUAAAUUUGUAUUAUUUUAAACUUUUUGACGAGAAAAUUGUUCAAAACUUGCACUCACUCGCAUAUAUACACAAAGCAGAGAUGCACUUACUCUCGAAGAGUUGUUCACUAAUUUUCAACUCAGAAAUUGUAAUGAUAUAUAGCAAAUCGCUGUAUGAUCAGACUGUGUAAUAAAAAGAUCCGCUUUACUUUUCAGUAUUUUUUCU